GGGAGGGUUUAAAUGGCACCCAGCAGUUGGCGUGAGGGGCUGCAGGAGCCUGGGGGCCGGUGGCAGGAACCAGUCUCUUCCGACCCCAUGGAGCUCUACGAGACGUGCCCCUACUUCUACCAGGAGCCCCGCUUCUACGACGGGGAGAACUACCUGCCUGCCCACCUUCAGGGCUUUGAACCACCAGGCUAUGAGCGGACUGAGCUCAGCCUGAGUCCCGAAGCCCGGGGACCCCUGGAAGAUAAGGGGCUGGGGACCCCUGAGCACUGCCCUGGCCAGUGUCUGCCAUGGGCGUGUAAGGUGUGUAAGAGGAAGUCCGUGUCAGUGGACCGGCGGCGGGCAGCCACGCUCAGGGAGAAACGCAGGCUCAAGAAGGUGAACGAGGCCUUCGAGGCCCUGAAGAGGAGCACCCUGCUCAACCCCAACCAGCGGCUGCCCAAGGUGGAGAUCCUGCGCAGCGCCAUCCAGUACAUUGAACGCCUGCAGGCGCUGCUCAGCUCACUCAACCAGGAGGAGCGCGACCUGCGCUACCGGGCCAGUGCCGGGCCCCAGCCAGGGGUGCCCAGUGAAUGCAGUUCUCACAGCGCCUCCUGCAGUCCGGAGUGGGGCAGUGCGCUGGAGUUCGGCUCCAACCCAGGAGAUCAUCUGCUGUCAGCUGACCCCACAGAUGCCCACAACCUGCACUCCCUCACCUCCAUUGUGGACAGCAUUGCCGUGGAGGACGUGUCUGUGGCCUUCCCAGAUGAAACCAUGGCCAACUGA